GGGACCGGGACGCCCCCUCGGAUGAAUGGGGCCCAGGCUGGCUGCGAACUACAGCUCCUCGGCCGGCUACGUUGGUGGCGGCCGCGGGGGAAGGGGAGCCGGCGGCGGCGCCGAAGGAGAGCAGCGUUGCGGCACUGUGGGGAUGUUCUGUGCGGCGGCGGACGCAGCAGCCCGGCUUCCUGGGGUGGCGGUAUAAGCGGGCGCCUCAUCUACGCGCUCGCUCUCCUCUCACCGCUCCGGCCAUGCGCCCGGCCUUCGCGGUGGGCCUGGUGUUCGCAGGCUGCUGCAGUAAUGUGAUCUUCCUAGAGCUCCUGGCCCGGAAGCAUCCAGGAUGCGGGAACAUUGUGACAUUUGCACAAUUUUUAUUUAUUGCUGUGGAAGGCUUCCUCUUUGAAGCUGAUUUGGGAAGGAAGCGGCCAGCUAUCCCAAUAAGGUACUAUGCUGUGAUGGUAGCCAUGUUCUUCACUGUCAGUGUGGUGAACAACUAUGCCCUGAAUCUCAACAUCGCCAUGCCCCUGCAUAUGAUAUUUAGAUCUGGUUCUCUAAUUGCCAACAUGAUCCUAGGAAUUAUCAUUUUGAAGAAAAGAUACAGCAUGUUCAAAUAUACCUCCAUUGCCCUGGUGUCUGUGGGGAUAUUUAUUUGCACUUUCAUGUCAGCAAAGCAGGUGACUUCCCAGGCCAGCUCGAGUGAGAAUGACGGAUUCCAGGCAUUUUUAAGGUGGCUACUAGGAAUUGGGGCACUGACUUUUGCACUUCUGAUGUCAGCAAGGAUGGGUAUUUUCCAAGAGACCCUAUACAAACAAUUUGGGAAACACUCCAAGGAGGCUUUGUUUUAUAAUCAUGCCCUUCCACUUCCUGGCUUCAUCUUCCUGGCUUCCGAUAUUUAUGACCAUGCAGUUCUGUUCAAUAAGUCUGAAUUAUAUCAAGUUCCAGUCAUUGGUGUGACAGUGCCCAUCAUGUGGUUUUACCUCCUCAUGAAUGUCAUCACUCAGUACGUGUGCAUCCGGGGCGUCUUCAUUCUCACCACAGAAUGCGCCUCCCUUACCGUCACCCUUGUUGUGACUCUACGCAAGUUCGUUAGCCUCAUCUUUUCCAUCUUGUACUUCCAGAACCCUUUCACUCUGUGGCACUGGCUGGGUACCUUGUUUGUCUUUAUUGGGACCCUAAUGUACACAGAAGUGUGGAACAACCUAGGGACCACAAAAAGCCAGCCUCAGAAGGACAAGAAAAACUGAGGUCUGCGUGGAGCAGAGACCAGUGUCCUAAUGUGCCAGGGUCUGGUGAAAGUCUGGCCACCAUUUCACGUUCGCUAAUGCUGAAGUAUUGAACCAGCCUUGUACCAGAGAAUCCUCAGAAGGAGGGACUUCUCAGAUUUCUUAAGGCUGUACAGACCAAUGUUUGCGGACUCUAAAUGGACACCCCUCAACCAUGAAGUAGAAACAAGAACAGUUCUCUGCUAUUGAACAGCCGGUUUGUUACUUGUUUUGUUUACCAAAAUAUUUAGUACUGUUACUUGUUUAUUGAAUCCUGAGUCCCCACAGCUACUAGUUUUGUAUGCGUGGUCUCAGACGAGUUGAUCUCUUGUUGCCAUUCUGAUGAUUCUCUGCCACACAGUCAUUAUCCUCCUGUGGCCUCGUCCCUUCUUUCUGUCACCUUUCCCCUCCCCCCGCCACCCCCGCAGCACUGUCAGCCAGUCAGAUGCUCCAGGCCUCAUCCUUGGGAAACAGCUGGGUGGCCCUGUGAAUUGAGACCCCAGUGACAUUGGGCCCGGAAAAGAAGCGGUUGUCCCUGUGAGCAGAGCCUUGUCACCCUCGAGCAGGGCCGGUGGGAAUUCUUUCCUCCGUCUUGCUUUUUUUUUUUUUUUUUUCUCUUAUGCAAGUCUUUUCCUUUCUGUGCUUAGAACAGACCUGCGGCGCAUCUCUAUGGCACAGAAUUAAUAAGAAAGGUUUAUGUGAGUCGGGAGGGAGAGAUGUUUUCCUCCGUCUUGUACAUGGAGCCCUUCAGCUCAGAAUGGAGAUGGUGCUGCCAGGGUGGCCAGGAGCAGCUGCCCCUCGGCGGCACCCAGAGAGCCCCAACUCCCCUCUGGGCCCAGCCAGGCACACGCAGGGCUGGUUCCCAGUGGGUGCGUUAGCUCUUUGAAAGGCUUCUUAACCAGAGAUGCCGCUCUGCCUGUCAGUCUGAUAGAGUCAUGGGCAGUCAGGCUAAGGAGUAGACUAGUGUAUGAUGGGCGUGGUGGGUAAAUCAGGUCCAGUCACAAUGAAAAUGAAGGUGGAUUUUUUUCUUUCCUAUGAGGUAUCUCAGUGUUCUUGGUGGUUAUUUACAGGUGGUUGGGAGGUAAUGUGUUCUGUUGUGUAGAAACAUGAUGCCCCUUCUGGCUAAUCAUUUCAGAGGUGUGGUUUUUCCUUCCUGGGAUAAUUUUGAGAAAGAGGAACAGUGUCAGUAUAGCAUGUGUAAGGGAGAGCAUGUGUAAGAGAGAACAAGCAUUUGUGUAGUUCUGUGAUAAUACUGGAGGAGAAAAGAGCAUGAAAGUCUUUUCUUCUAUUUCCUCAUUCUUCACUCAGCCUCGGACCUUCAUUAACCUCACAGAAGUACAUACACUUCCGUCUUUUGCACACAAAGCCCUUCCUUUGGGCACAGACUGUGUUCUUACAUUGUGAUGUGGUUCUCCAGAUCUCCUUGUCUCAUUCUGUAGUGUGGAUAUUUCCUUAUCUGCAGCUGUUCUCUGAUGGGGUCUGAGAUAAGUGUUGGGUCAUUGGGUCGCUCUGGGGAAGUAACUUAAGCUGCCUCAUUGUUUCUCCAUGUUAGUCACCGGGUUUUCAGACUAAUUUGUUGUUCUGAAGGACAACUUUCCAGAGCUAAUAAUUGGUCUACCCUAAAAGAUGCCAAAUUUGGUGUGAACCCGUUCAUGGAAUCAAAAGGCAUUUUCUUUGAAAUAUGUAGAGUUCCUCAGGCUGAUGAUGCUAUAAAUAGCAUGUGUUAAAUAUCCUCUUAAAAACAAUUAAUAAAAGCUACUUUUUAAAAAAUCACUUAAUAGAAGAACCUGUCCCUAGGGGCUAUUGGGUUGCUAUGUAUCUGGAGUCUUAACAGGCUUUCAUAACUUAGUGUUAUCCUUUUUAUGUUGAUGAAAAUUUUUAGUUAUUGAAAUGUGUUGGUGUACAUAGACAGCAUUUAACUGGGUCUGUUAGGUUUUAGAUUCUGGUUUUAGAAAGUACAUGUCCCUCUUAGUCUGAACACCUCUGCUGGUUUUAUUAACAAGAGGUUAUAUAUGGAUAGAUUAUGGCACUUAAACAAAAAAACGAACAUAUGUAAGAACAGAAUGUCUGAAGUGCCCUCUGAGUUGAUUUUCUCUCUAGUGGCCGGAUGUAAGAAAAUAUGUCUAAUGGACACUAAUACUUCCGUUAACAACUUUUUUUGGACCAUUUAUUUCCGUAGGAUAACUGAUUUUUCAAUCCAGGUUGAAACUAAUUUCAACUUUUAUUAAAGAGGCAAAUAAACCAUUUUGUAGAGGACCAGACCCAUGCAACUGAAGGAGAAAUGUCUAUUACAGUGCUUCUCCUCUUCUCUGGGUCAAGACUAUGUAACUGUGUACCCUAGAGCUAGAGUUUGUUUACAAGAGAGAUUGGUGUUUAAGACAGCCAAAACUCUACCCUUAGAGCAAAGAUCAAAUAGCAGAUGGUACUAGCCAGAAAGUAGUGUGUGUGUGUGUGUGUGUGUGUACAUGUGUAUACAUACUGGGGUACCCACUUAACAACUUGACCACUGUCAUAGAUAAAGUAACAGGAGAAAAUGGUGGAUAUUUGAAUUAAUGUAAUACCUACAUCAUUUUACACAAUGCUGUUGUCACAUUAUAAAUGCUCUUUUUCAUUUUUUUUUUCUUGAUCCUUUUUAUUUUCCUUUUUCCUAAAACAGUCAUUAAUGUACUUGGUAAGUGUCUAUCAAGUUUUAAAGUAUUUAGUCACAAUCUGGUUUUUCCUCCUUCUUCCUGCCCAGUUAUCCAAUUAUGAAAUGCUCCAGUACCUUACUCUUGUGGGAAGAUUACCUGACAUUUUUAAAGCAUUCUAAUAACUUGAGGUCAUUUCUUGAGCACCUUUCCUCCCUUCUGCCCUAUUUUUUUCCCUCCUAAGCCCCACCUCCAGUGUCCUCACUGCAGUCCCUGUUCACUUGUGUACUUUUCCACUGAAAAUUUGUAUAGUUUUCCAUGCCUGUAAUCUUGUAUCUGUUUAUGCCUCUGUUCUCUGGGGCCUCUCAGAUGUUUUUCUGGAUUUUUACAAGGUAUUUAUAUCUGUGUAGCACGUAUUUUGUUAGACAUUGUUUUAAGCAUUGAUACUUGGAGUGUGAGAAGAUCUGGCCCAUAUGUGAAUAUAUGUAUAGAUAAGUAUGAACAUGAGGGUAAAUGUAAAAAUGUUUAUAUGUUUUGUUACCUGAAAUGGGGGCUGAAAAUCUUAACCACCAUGUUCUUCUAUAUUUGGAAAAUAAUGUUCUUGUUUGCUCUUUUCACCCCACGUUGAGCUCACUUUACUCACCAGUGCCAAAUGCCAGGGAGAGGGGAGGUGGAAAACCUCAGGAAUUAUUCAGAGCCAGUGAAUUAGCUGUGGGCUGGUGGAUCAGUUGGCAUGUCAGAGUGAAGGGGAGGAAGAAAAUUUCCUGUCCAAGGUUCUUCCUGCUGGACUAGGAAUUAAAUUUACAUGAUACAGAUUAACAGGAGGAAAAAAAAAAUCAGUUUUAUUUUGUGCACCUGGAGUCCCAAUAAGGAAACUGAAAUCUAAAUAGAAGACCAAAGCAGGCAUUUUUAAAAUACACGUUUUAGACAGUAAACCUGUCAGGAGUUGACAGGAUAAAGAAAACGGAUGUUUGAGAGCUUUAGUAAGGAAUUGGGGCUGUGGUAGUAGAUUAGUAAAAAUAUAACCAGGUUUGUUUCUGCAGCUUUCUUGGCUUUAAAGAUUUUUUUUUUUUUUUUUAGUUUUCUUAGUGCAGGGAGGGUACCUUUCACAUGGGAGGCUUAUUUUCUACUUUCAGGAGGAUAGAGGAGGGUCUGAGUGUCCUUGUACAUGCUGUUUCCCGCAUAGUUUCAAUUCAAAAUAAUGAGUAUGCCAUUGUGGUACAUUAUGGGGCCUGCCCUUGGCCCCUGCAGUUCCCUCCACCAAAAUUUCCCUGGAAGUUUCACACAUUAAAAGUUCCAGAUUGUUCCAUUUCAAUGAACCAGUCUGGGUUCUGAUGAUAACGUCAGUUUAGUUAAACUCAUUUCAGGAGGUGGUGAUGUGUUCUCAGAGUUAGUCCAAUGGUUCGAAUCAGGAAUGAGUAAGCCAUUUCUAUGGAAACAAAAGCAAUGGUUAAUGAUUGGAUCGAAUUAUAAACCAGUUUCUGAGGGGAGCAGUCGAGUGGAUUUCUGGAUGACUGGCAGUGGCAGUCUGAUGUAUUUUCGUGGUUUGUAAUUGGAGUUUCUGUGAUCUUUCUGAGUCAUCCGUAGAGCAGCAGGCAUGGAGAUCGUGUACAUAUGAGCUGGUGCCACUUCUUGGAAGCUUAAGUUGUUUAUAUGCAGUUUGCAGGGCUUCAGGAAAAAGUGCAGUUUUUGGUUAGCAAGCCAAGUAAAAAGGAUGGGGAAGAAAAACAAAAAUGUUAGUUGGGGGAGUUGUAGCCAGGCACUGGAGAAAACCACAAGAAAUCAGGAUCUUGUCCAGUUUAUAAUGAAGUGUAUUAGAAUAUAGUAUUCACAAAGGUAUGUUAUUGGAAGUUUUUCUCUUUAUUAUUUUUUUUUAAAGAUUUUAUUUAUUUAUUUGAGAGAGAGAGAAUGAGAGACAGCAUGAGAGGGAGGAGGGUCAGAGGGAGAAGCAGACUCCCCGCCGAGCAGGGAGCCCGAUGCGGGACUCGAUCCCGGGACUCCAGGAUCAUGACCUGAGCCGAAGGCAGUCGCUUAACCAACUGAGCCACCCAGGCGCCCCAGUUUUUCUCUUUAUAAGCACACUCAUUUUUACCAGACAUAGCCCAGUUGAGACUAAUUGGUUUGCAAAAUAAGUCUAGUUUUUUAGAACUUGGUCUGAUUCCUUAUAUAAGUGCAGCAAGAAUAGCGAUUGAUUGUGUAGGCUCUUUUUAUAAGGACUCUCCAGACUGAACUUUACAGCCUCUCAAGGUUGGAAGCCAAGCCAAAUACUUGCCACAGAUUUCACCUGUAAGAUUUGGAUUAAUUCUUUCUCAAGGUCUCCAAAGUACCCUGAGGUUCUUUUUCCUGCCAGGAAGUGACCAUCUCUCUUCAACUGGUAAGUUUGUUAGGAACCCUGUCAGCAAGAUAUCAGGCUGUUUUUCCAGGGGGCUUUAUUGGCUCCAUAUAGUCAACCUUAGUUCCUUAAGCUCUCUGGUAGUAUCUGAGUUUAUGCAGGUCUCCCUCAAAUAUGACAUUCCAGUCAAAGCCUUGGUAAUAUAACCAGGGUUUCCAGUUGUGUCCUGUUACUUAUUGAACUUAUGCAAAUGAAUAUAUUAUGAAAAUAUAAGAAUACUGAGAGUUUUUGAAUUCCUAAGGGAUCAGGUAGAGAGAAGAUAAAUGUUUUAUUCACAAAGGUAUAUUUUAUCAAAUUGCUGUAAGUUAUCUUAAUUUCUUUAAAUCUGGAUAAACAAUGUUUCAACCAAAGAAAGUCAUAAAAAUUACAAUCAUCCUC